GGACAAGUAGCCCCGGGCGCGGCGGGCGCCCCAGUCGCGGGCAUGGAGGCCGAGGGCUGCCGCUAUCAGUUUCGGAUCGCGCUGCUGGGGGACGCGGCGGUGGGCAAGACCUCGCUGCUGCGGUGCUACGUAGCGGGCGCGCCGGGUGCCCCGGAGCCCGAGGCCGAGCCCGAGCCCACGGUGGGCGUCGACUUCUACCGCCGCGCGCUGCAGCUGCGGGCCGGGCCGCGCGUGAAGCUGCAGCUCUGGGACACUGCGGGCCAUGAGCGCUUCAGGUGCAUCACCAGGUCCUUUUACCGGAACGUGGUGGGUGUCCUGCUGGUCUUUGAUGUGACGAACAGGAAGUCCUUCGAACACAUCCGAGACUGGCACCAGGAUGUCAUGGCCACUCAGGGCCCCGACAAGGCUAUCUUCCUGCUGAUUGGCCACAAGAGUGACCUGCAGAGCGCCCGCUGUGUCUCCACCCAGGAGGCCCAGGAGCUGGCUGCCUCCCUGGGCGUGGCCUUCAUGGAGACCUCAGCCAGGAACUGCUGCAACGUGGAGCUGGCCUUUGACACCCUCGCGGACGCCAUCCAGCAGGCCCUGCAGCAAGGGGACAUCAAGCUACAGGAGGACUGGGGGGGUGUCCGGCUCAUCCACAAGGCCCAGAGUCCCAGGUCCCCCAGCAGGAAGCACCACCCAGGCCCAUGCCAGUGCUGACGCUGGGAGAGAAAAGGUUUAAGCAGCGCCAACCUCAGCCCGGUGGGAUGGGGAUGGCUGGACUCUCUGGAGGGUGAGACAGAAGGGUUUGCGCAAACAGCAUCCUGACAGUAGUGCCUCUUGCACUUUGGGGUCUCAGCUCAGUUCCUUCCUGUGGACAGGUUUAAAAAGGCCAGAAACUCAACUUCCUGUUUUGAGUCUCAGUUUCCUCAUCUGUCAAUAGGGCUCAUUAAAAAUCCCCUUCAUGGGGCCGGCGCCGCGGCUCACUAGGCUAAUCCUCCGCCUUGCGGCGCCGGCACACCGGGUUCUAGUCCCGGUCGGGGCGCCGGAUUCUGUCCCCGUUGCCCCUCUUCCAGGCCAGCCCUCUGCUGUGGCCAGGGAGUGCAGUGGAGGAUGGCCCAAGUCCUUGGGCCCUGCACCCCAUGGGAGACCAGGAGAAGUACCUGGCUCCUGCCAUCGGAUCAGCGUGGUGCGCCGGCCGCAGCGCGCCGGCCGCGGCGGCCAUUGGAGGGUGAACCAACGGCAAAAGGAAGACCUUUCUCUCUGUCUCUCUCUCUCUCACUGUCCACUCUGCCUGUCAAAAAAAUAAAAAUAAAAAUAAAAAAAUCCCCUUCAUGGGAGGCGUGGUCAUGCACGAGCUAAGGGCCGGGACCCGCCCUCCCAGAGCCUGCCGCGCGGCCCACUCACUGGUGGUGAAAGCCAUCAUCCCCACUUGACUGCCAUGCGGCCGCUGCUGGCAGCUCCUGCGCUCAGCGUCGGGACGCUGCCACGCUGGCGAGGCCAGCUGGGGAAUUCCAGCUUCAGGCCUCCUUAGGUGCUCAGGCUAUGAUGAGUCAGGCAUGGACUUAAGGUGUGGCCUCGAAUCUGGCUGCUACCCAGUGUCCCCCUCCCAUCCCCCCCGGGCCCGGGGCUGAGUCUGGCUAAAGGAUCCCUGCAUUGCCCCUGUCCUCACUGUCCCCGCAAGCUGCUGGGAGAACUGUGCGGACUGGGCCAGCUUGCAGCGCUCUCGGGGACUGCCCACCCCCAGGGACAACCCAUACACACGUUGUCAUCUUGACAGCUCUUAAGGUCCAGCCCAGCUCCAUCCUCUGUGGGCUGUUCUCCCUCGCCCAAAUCCUGCCUUCUUCCUUUCGCAAUCAGGUUUUACUCUCAACACCCCAGCACAGGGCAGAAGCUGUGGCUGCUGCUUGGGAUCCCAGCGUCCGGUACUCACUCCAGCUUCCUGUCAACGCAUCCUGGGGGCAGCACCUGAUGGCUCAAUGCUUGGGUCCCUGCCACCCAUGUGGAAGACCUGGAUGGAGCACCUGACUGCCGGCUUCAGCCUGGCCCAGACCUGGCUGUUGCAGGUAUCUGGGGAGUGAACAGGCAGAUGGAAGACCUCUCUGUCCUUAUCUAUGACUCUGCCUUUCAAGUAGUUGAAAAUAAACAAACAUUUCAAAAAAUGCCCUGGCAUAAAUCCCUGCACAGUAACCUCCAUGGCAUAAUUUGCUCCAGGCACCCUAAUUUGCAAGGGGAACUGCUGGGCAGGGAAUGUCCUGGGGGCAAUUUGGGAAGGCUUCACGUAGGAGGUGGUGUUUUGUUGGGCAGGAUCUCAGUAGCUGUGGAGGUGCCAGCGGGCAUGGGUAUGGGCAACUACCAGAGCAAAAAGAAGACAAUCACUGAACUCUGUAGCCGUGGGCCAGUUCCUCCCCCACCUGCGCCUCAGUUUCCCCUUCUGUAACAUGUGACUGACAGCCCUCUUCCCUAGAGUUCUUGAGGAAGAUUUAAUCAGCUUUCUCCCAGGAAGAACAGGUUAGGGUAGGGCUUCCGCCCUGUGCACUUGAC